UGAAAACAAAAAACAGUGUCAAACAAGCCUUCACUUUUUAUUUUUUAAUUUUCUUAAAGAAAAAAAACUAAGUUGUAUUAAAUUUCAUUAUAACUUCCAAUAACAAACUACUAGCAACAAAUUUAAGGGGACAAAAAAAAACAUAACACAAGAAAAUGAGAAAAUAGAGAAGAGCGGGAGUAGAAAAUAGAAAAAAAUCUGGAGUAUUCUAGUAUCAUCUUCCUCAACUACAAAGCUUGGAAUCUGCCUUCAUAAUCUACUCUUUCUCCCAUUUACCUUUCUUUCUUCUCUUCACUUGUUGCUCUUCAAGGGUUUUAAAUUGAUUGUUGGUAAGUGAAAAGGAGGAAACCUUGAUCAGUUUCAUUUCAAGCAAGUUGUCUAUAGAAGCUUAAAUUGAAAGAUGGAUAUUGGUGGAAGAAGGGUUUCGAGGGGUAUGCUGCCUUUAUUGGCUUUGCAUACCGUGAGCGAGUAUUACAGGCUUCAGCGAAAACCUCCUGUGACUGCUGGAUUGUUGGCUGCUAAUACUCUCAUCUAUCUAAGGCCUGCUUUUCUGGAGUCUAUCCUCCCCCAUAUCAAUGAGGUUUGGUUCAAUGCGCAUCUAAUCCUUAAGUAUAAGGAUCUUAAACGAUUCUUUUUGUCACCAUUUUAUCACAUGGGUGAAUCUCACUUGGUUUACAAUAUGCUAUCCCUACUUUGGAAAGGAAUCCAAUUGGAGACUUCAAUGGGAAGUAUUGAAUUCGCCACUAUGGUUGCUACAUUACUCACCAUGUCGCAGGGAAUAACCUUACUGUUGUCCAAGUCCCUCUUGUUAUUUGAUUACCAGAAAGCAUAUUACUCUGAAUUUGCAGUGGGAUUUUCUGGCGUCCUCUUUGCCAUGAAAGUUGUUCUCAAUGCCCAGUCAGAUGACUACACAUUCGUGCAUGGCAUCCUUGUACCUUCACGUCAUGCUGCAUGGGCUGAAUUGAUUCUCAUUCAGAUGUUUGUACCAGGUGUCUCAUUUCUUGGUCAUCUUGGUGGGAUAUUGGCUGGAAUUUUUUAUCUGCACUUGAAGAGAUCAUAUUCAGGUCCUAACCCUUUGAGAUCCAUCAUUAGAAGUCUGUCUGGUGUAGUUAGUUGGCCCUUGAGAUUUUUCCGGGGCUUGAUACGGCCGAGAAGGUAUUCUGGCAGAGGAGCUGUUGGGAGAGGAGAGAGAAGCAAUGUGACUGGAGUAUGGAGAUGUCCUGCUUGUACAUUUGACAAUUCAGUUUUGCUGUCUGUGUGCGAAAUGUGUGGGACUGGUAUAGAUGGAAGCGACUUUGCAUCAAAUAUGCAGAAUAACCUCUCCCUAGACGAGCUGCGACGCAGGAGGCUUGAAAGAUUCAGCUCUAGCAGAUAGCAUCCUGGUGAGUUGAUAUUUGAUAGCCAACUAGCCUUGGAAGAAAUCUUGGAUAUGGAGUCUUACAAACUAACUACUGAGUACAUCUGAAGACAGAUCAAUUCUGAUCCUUUUUGCUUAUUGCUUAGUCAACUUUUUAGUUACCCAUUAAACGUUUGUACAUACGAAUAUAGAAUUGAUUUGGUUUAUAUAUGAAUGAAUAUUCUUGAGUGAUUUA